AUGUUAUUAUUUAUCAUCUUUUUACCUUUAUAUCUUUUUAUUACUUUAUUAUACAUCUACUAUACACUUCUUACUAUUACUAUUUCCUACUUAUUACUAUUUACUUAUUACUUCUUACAUUACUUCCAUUUCUUACUUAUUACUUAUUACUUCUUACUUAUUACUUCUUACUUAUUACUUCUUACAUCCUUUUACUACUUACUACUUACACCUACCCAUCUAUUCAUAACGGUUCCAUGUUCGAAUCUGGGUGGGACCACUUUUUAUGUAUAUAACUAUACCUUUAUACCAUUAUAUUAA